UCCCAAAGAUUUAGCGAAUUUUGACAAUUAUAUUGAAAAUUGUAUUUUUCCAUUAUAUAUGACAGAAUUUCAUAGAGAAUUUAACUGUGACAUUGGUUUUGCAAUAUGGUAAAGAGAAGAUAAUAAAAAACCCUAUUUUCCAUGCCCACCCAUUUGUUUUAUUCUCUUAGCAACAAAUUUUGCCCUUAGUUACCAGAAUUUUGCCCCAAAACCCCACGUUUUUCUGACUUGGAAAGAACAUGAUUCCCACCUUAAUAUUAAAACCACCUUAGGAAUGUUUCAAAACGAGGACAGGCACUGUCCAAAGUCCAAAGCGUGUCUUCUUGUCUUCAAUCGUUGACUGUGUUUGAAAGUUGCAAAUAUUUAUCGUUGAUUUGGGAUUACGUUGCGUCUGGAAGUCACACACAUUCAUCGUUUUUGAGUUUUUUGUACAAGAAUUACCAGCUUCGAAUAAUGGGUGAUGGAAAUAAAAGCAGGAGUCGAGGUAGAAAGAGAAAAAGGAGAGUCAGAGCAAAUCAAUUUUUAGGCCAUAAAUCUCCCAACAAAGAAUCCGGGACGCCUGCUGAAUCCUUUACCCAGGAUAAUGUUGAUACUUCGACAUCUCACAAAAAGAUAUACUCUGGGUCAAUGUUAGAGCAGCCAAGCACUACCAAUGAACCAGUCAAAGAAGGGUUCAUUUUGAUAGACUUAUCAAUUUUGUGCCAGUUUUUUGAGUUAAACGUCCCUUGCCAAGAAUGCAAACAACACGCAUUAUCAUGUAGACUUGCCGUUGAAAAAAAGUCUGGAUUCUCUCACAUUUUGCAGUUGAACUGUGAAGCAUGUGAAUUUCAAAGCACCCUUGAAACAUCAAAAAAGGUUGAAGGGACAGGGUCUGGAAGGGCAUCAAAUGAAGUCAACCUUCGAAUGGUUUCAUUUGCAAGAUCUAUUGGAAGAGGAUAUAGUGUUCUGGAAAACUUUUCUGCCUGCUUGAAUUCUCCUCAGCCCAUGACAAAAAAAAAUUACAAGAAAGCCUUUUCCAAAGUAUUAGCUGCAAACAAAGAAGUAGCCAAAGAAAGUAUGAAAGCAGCAGCAAUAGAAAUAAAAGCAAAUGGGGUUUCAAAGUGUGCUGUUUCCCUAGAUGGCAGCUGGCAAAGGCGCGGUCACUCAAGCCAUCAUGGUAUUGUAAGCUGCAUAAGUGUAGAGACUGGAAAAUGUAUAGACAUUGAAGUCCUGUCAAAUUUUUGUGAAGGAUGUGCUUAUUGGGAAGGUAAACCCAAAGACACAAGGAAAUACAUUGAAUGGCAGGAAAAGCACAAAUGUAAAAAAGAUCAUGAUGGCAGUGCAGGGGCUAUGGAGCCGAUUGGGGCUGCACGUAUUUUUCUGAGAUCAGAAGCAAAUCAUGGGCUUCAAUAUCACAAAUAUCUUGGUGAUGGAGAUUCUGCAUCAUUCAAGAAAGUCAGCCAGUUGAAGCCAUAUGGUGAAGAAUGUGGUAUUGAGAAGAUAGAGUGUGUGGGACAUGUCCAAAAGAGAUGCGGAGGACGAUUGAGGCGUCUCAAGAAAGAAUAUAAAGGGGUAAAGUUAUCUGAUGGGAAAGGAAUUUCUGGUGUUGGUAGAUUAACAGAUAAAACCAUUGACACCUUGCAGAAUUAUUAUGGGUUUGCCAUCAGACAGAAUGUUGGUAAUUUAGAGGCAAUGCAAAAGUCUGUUUCUGCAAUUUUGCCACAUGUUGCAUCGACUGCCCGUAACAAAAUGCACUAUAAUUGUCCAGAUGGUCCAGAUUCUUGGUGUGGGUACAAAAGAGACCCUGAUUCUUAUAAGCAUAAAACAGGUCUCCCAAUGCCAAUUUAUAAUCUAAUCAAGCCAAUUUUUGAUGACCUAGCAUCUCCAAACUUGUUGAAGAAGUGUCUUCAUGGCAAAACUCAAAACAACAACGAGUGUCUCAACAAGUUGGUUUGGGAUAGGUGCUCAAAAGAGUAUUUUGUUGAGAAGGAUGUCAUCCAAGAUGCUUCUUACAGUGCUGUGACACAUUUUAAUGAUGGGAAAAAAUCUGUUUUGAGAAUGUUUCUAAAAAUGAAUAUAACUCCUGGAAAAUUCACAGAACAGAUAUGCAGGACACUUGAUUCAAGGCGAUUGGUUAAAGCUGGGGAAAAGACAAGUGCAAAGUUAAAAUCAAGGAGAAAAUUAUUAAGAGCUAAAAGAAAAGGGUUUGCAGACAAGAAAAUGAUAGAGGAAGGAAACCUGUAUGAACCUGGUGGACAUUAAAGUCUAAUUUAACAUUACAUGCAUCAUAAACUUUUGUUUUAACUUUAAACACAUUUUUCUCACGUUUAUGAAUUUCUGAAAAUGGUCGGGUUUUGUUGCAGAAUAUUUUGAAAACCACUUGAGAUAUUUUGAUGAAAUUUUAAAACUGGAUAGUAAAUGUAUGGUAGAUGGUAUUGACAGAAUUAGAAUCUCAGUUUCAUAUUUCCUGUUUUUGAAAAUUUCAAUUUAUAUAAUGGAUAACACAGCGAUAACGAUGAGUUUAGUAAAAUAAUUUUAAAAAUUUUCCUGUAUGCAAAAAUAAAAAAGUGUUUCUUUGAAUACUGAGCAUUUAUGAUUGUGAGUAAAAAUGCAAAGUUUGAACAUGAUCAGUCUUGCCAUUCCAGAAAUAUGUUGUCAUGAUUAUUUGCAAUUUUUUGGCAAUCGGCAGCCAUUUUGAAAAGCUAAUUAGCAUAAUUAAUUUGAAAUUUUUUAAAAGUUGCACUAAAAGUAUUGAUUAAUCAUGGGAAUCAAGAUUGAACCUCCUCUGUAUAAGUUUCUAUGUUUUUU